AUGCCAGACUCGUCGGUGGGCCAAGUCAUCUCGUGGUACAUCUGCACGAUUAUACCAUGCUUUUUCUUGUUCCUGCGUUUGUUCAGUCGAUGGCAACGCUUUGGUCGACUAGCCUUUGAUGACUACUUCCUCAUCCUUGCGGCCUCGUGCCUCAUCGGCGACUUGGGUAUUCAGCAGCACAUGUGGAAUCUCGGACUGGGAGACAUGUCCAAGGCGACCCCAGAGCAAUUUAUCGGCAUCAUGAAAAUGAUUGUCCCUGGAUCGAUCCUCUACGUCUCCUCUCUGUGGUCCAUCAAAUUCGCCCUGGUCAUCUUCUACAAGAAGCUCGCUGCACCAGGAUCCAAGAUGCAAGUCGCCUACAAUAUUGCCCUGGCUGGUCUGGCUGUCACAUACACGACAAUCUUCUUCGAUAUCCUGUUCCAAUGCUACCCUUACGACAAGCGAUGGUCCCAUGACCCCACCUAUCAGUGCAGUCCAAAGGCUUCGAGAAUCAAUUACUGGAUCACAAUCCUGUUCAACAUCUUUUCUGAUCUGAUCAUCAUCUUCGUCCGAGCCAUCUACUCCUGGCAAAACAAGACAAUGCUAACCUGCACCGUCUCCAUGGUGGAAAACGGCGUCGCCAUCAUCGGCGCCUGUCUCCCAGCUCUCCGCGCCAUCUUCCUGGGCUCGCAAUCCACAAACGGCAACAGCAGUUAUGCAAAGCACUACGAACUCUCUUCCCACCAACGAAGAAAUCCUCAGGGUCGAAACACUACAAAUUUUACCGUUUCGACGACUAGGGGAGGCAGAAGCCAUUCGGUGGAUUCGGACGAGGAACUUGUGAGGAAUAUGCAGGCGCAUGGUCAAGCACAGCCUUAUGUCUUUGCGCAAUCGAGCAUGUCGGAUGACAAGGACAACAAGGUUGGUGGCAUCAUGGUCGCCACAACAGUUGAUGUCGACCACAAGGAUCAGGAGAGUGUAAACUCAUUGCACAGUCCUUUUGGUGUUCACGAUGUCUAA